UCAUGCCCAUUUGCUUACUCUUUCUGCAGCACGUCGAAAGUAUCGCAAGUCGCGUUUUCCACACACGAAUUUUUUAAGGCAAAAUUUGUGCAAAGAUUUCAUAAAGUUAACGUUAAGUGAAUAGUUUGGAAAUAUUGAAUUUGUAAAAUUUAGAAUUUUGUGAAUUUUUUGCAAGUAAGCUGAUAAAAAUCCGGGCCGGGUAAGUGUGUGAAAAUUGGCUGGAAAAAUUCGUAUUUUUCGGUGUGUGGUGUGUGUGCGGGUGGAAAAAAACGCGCUGCUGUGGUGGGGAAUUCGAAUUGCCGCUGCUGCUGCUCUCGCCAUUUUGAGUCGAAUAAAAUUUUUCUGCCUCCAAUACGACAAAAAGGCAUAGACCAAAAAGGAGAUUCUGAAAAUAGAAGCCUAUAUAUUGUGGUCUUCCAAUAGUUGAAGACAUUUGAAUAAGUGGACAGCGCCAAAAAGGUGAGUUUGAGGCGGGAAGAUAUCGAUAAUAAACAAUAAGCGUACAGAAGAACUAAGAAGCCACUAAAGGAGCUCAGUGGUAAAGAAAAUCCUAGGAGACGACAAUAAUAACCUUUGAGCAUUGGGGCGUGAUUACACGCAAUUCUUAUAGUCUGUAGUCUUGGCUUUUUACGGUGCGUAGGUGUCUGGACGGUGGAGUAGAAAUUGAACUGAUAAAAAAGCAAAAGACGAAGGAAAGACAACGAUAAAACGAAACAAAAAUGGCGCAUUCAACAGCGACUAUAGUCACAGCAACAACUUCAGCCGCUGCCGCAUCGGCGACAAGUGAAAUCAACUGUAUAAUCCAGGAUGUAAAUGGCAAGCUUGUCAAGAUACUGAAUCCAAAGGAUAUAAAGCAGGAAACACUUGGUAACGCAAGUGGCAGUUCCCAUAACUCCAGUGCGGGCUCCUACACACAGUUGGCUACGUCAAGUCAACAACAGUAUUUGAGCCGUUAUAAUUUACAAAGUGGCGAUAGUAACAACACAUACACAGUAAUAUCAACUCAAAGUAGUGUCGGCAGCCACCAACCGACAUUCACAGCGAUUAAGUACGAAACGCCUGACACGGUUACCAUCAAAACGGAGGAGCGUUACACAAAAUACACACCAAAUAAUAAUAUAAAAAUGAAAUCAAAACUCCACAGUACUAGUAGUCCACAUUCGAAUUCGGCACGAAGGCAACGCAAGCCCGAAAAAGCGGGUAAAGGCUUGCGACAUUUUGCACUCAAGGUUUGUGAAAAGGUCAAGGAGAAGGGUGUCACGACCUAUAAUGAAGUGGCCGAUGAAUUGGUCGCCGAAGAACUACAUAUGAAUUCCAUAGAUUCAGCAAACUGUGAUCAAAAGAAUAUACGCCGGCGUGUAUAUGAUGCGCUGAACGUGCUUAUGGCCAUGGAAAUAAUAUCAAAAGACAAAAAGGAAAUACGUUGGAUAGGCUUGCCAUCAAAUUCAGCUGAGCAAUGCUCUGAUCUGGAAAGACAAAACGAAGAGUGUCGUCAACGCAUACAACAGAAGCAUCAACAAUUGAAUGAGUUGUUGCUGCAUCAAGUUGCUUUCAAGAGCUUAAUCGAACGCAACAAGGAAGCGGAACGACAAGGCAACGUACCAACACCCAAUUCAUCCAUACAACUACCCUUCAUUAUAGUCAAUACGCACAAAUCAACAAAAAUCAAUUGCAGCGUUACGAAUGACAAAUCCGAGUAUAUUUUCAAAUUUGAUGAUCAAUUCGAGAUGCACGAUGACGCUCAAGUACUGAAACGUAUGGGUCUACUUGGUGGUUUGGACAAAGGCGAAUGCUCACACGAGGAUAUCGAACGAGCCAAAACUUUGGUGCCACCGAAUUUCGAGAAAUAUAUAGAAGCGUAUGGCAAUGGUAAAGGCUUAGCCUGUGACUCGGAUGACGACACCAUGACCGGCUAUGCAGAACUUACGAAUGAUUCCUCAUCGCAUGGCUAUUCACGCGGUAAUGGUCGUGGUGGUGGUGGGGGUGGUUGUGCUAAAACUGGUGGCUUACGCGAUGAUGAUGAUGAUGAUGAAGAUUUCUUGGAAAAUAGCGAUAUUGAUUGAGGCGAAUUCAUGGUUGCGUACAAUAACAGCAACAAUACAUACAACUACAAAAUAAACAGCUGCAGCAGCAACAGCAACAGCAACAAUAACAAUAAUAUAUAUUUACAUAACAAAACAACAACAACAAAUGAAGGAGUCUCAGUGGUCGCUGGUGGCAGCAACUUUGCCGAAAUGGAGCAACAAACAACAAUACCACAACCACCACCAGCCAGCCGCACAACCACUACAUCCAAUGGUGGUGUAGGCGCAACAAUUAGCGAUGCUAGCGUACAUGCAACAGAAGACUCCUUCAGUUUCUCAUUCAUUUCGGCCUUAUUAGGUUUGCAUUAGAGCGCGGCGGAGGAGCAAAGUGCGGCAAGUGUGUGCAUUUUCUUCACACCAAAAAUUGUUUAUUUAGCUGUCAAUUUGUUUAUGAUUACACGCACACUUGCGUCGUGCAGAGCGUGCUGGUGCACUUUGAACGAUGGGAGUGUGAGCUGUAUAUUACACGACUAACGUAGUUUGAAUGUAUUUGUAUGUGUAUGUUGCCGUACUCUCUGCAAAAAGGAAAGUGAGGCAAAGCCUUUUAACCAUUUAAUAGACUUUUGCUAUUCAAUUUUACUAUUUAAAUUUCUCCUUGUCGAGAAUUUGUUAGGCUUAACGUAGUUUUUUUUUUGUUUUUGCAUUACGAUUUGCAAAUUUGUAUUGGAUUUUUAAUGUGCAUAAUAAGACUUUAUCAGCAAAGGGGUGUGAUCUAAAUUGUGAUGAUUUGUGAAAGUUGUGCAUGAAUUCGAUUAUAUAAAUGAAUAUUUACACAAACAAAUUAUAUUCAAAAUGUUUAGUAUAAUAGCAAAUUAAAUAUUUUAGCGCUGAUGCAAAGAAAAACAAUAAUUUUUUUCUUUGAUAAUUUAAGCAGCUUGCACUGUAAAUUUCUAGUAUUUUGCGGAGUAUACUUUAAUUAAAUUUAAGCAAGUGCUUUAAACGCUUGUUGAAAUUUUUCGAAAGUGUCUUGAACAUAUUCAAAAAUUAACAAAUGUUGCGUAUUCACCAAAAUUAUUUUGGAAAGUUACAGUUAAAAUUUAUAAAUAAAUUGCAAAUGCAACAUUUCCUUGAAAUCCUUUUUCAAUGGCGCGGAUGUUAAAUAUAAUAUUUUUAACAUUUAAUAUGUGCUGAAGCAUACCUUUAGGCGCAUAAUCACAAAAUGUAAACAGAAAUUGGUCUGCAUUUUAAUUAAAUAAAUGAAAUGUUUAUUAUAACUGCGGGAAUGCUGCUAUAGCCAGCCCUUGUUGGUAUAAAACAUUAAAAUAUCAAUUUAAAUUCUUCAAAUUGUGUUAUAACUGUAAACCAAAAUUUUAAUAUGAUUUGUAUCAUUUACACGAAAUUUCUUUUUGUAAUUAUUAAAAAAAGUAUAAUAUUUUUGUAUUUCAUCACACCCCAAAAACUGCAAGGCAAUACCUUUUGUAUAAGUAGUUGUUUUUUUUCUAAAUUUAUUGUAUACUUUUUAACAUAUAAAAUAUGUUAGUAUAAAGAGUUCAACAACCUAGUUUUAUUAAAUUUUUACGCUAAAUUAUUAUUAAAAAAUACAAAAAAAAACAAUAAAUCAUUAGCUGUAUGAAACAAGUACUAGAAAAUUGAAAGCCUAAACUUUUAUUAAAAAUUGGUUGAGAAGCGCUCUAUUAUUUAUAUAUAUGUAGUUUUACUUAAUUUACAAACUAAAAUCGAAGUGUGAGCAUGAAGUAUAGGAGCAAAUAAAUAACAAAAUAUCAAGAAAUAAAAACAUAUUUGAUAACAAAAAAAUAAUAUAUUAAAUGGUUUGUAUAAUAUAAGAAAAACGAAACCUCAAUAAAUGCAGAAAUGUUUUGUAGUUGGAAAUAUA